CUAAGCUUAAAGCAGCUAUUGCCUAACCGUUUUACAUCAGAUAACUGGUAAAUAUAUUGGGCUGCUUGACCAUGUCGUCAUCUUUAUGCGUCGGUGAUCGCUUCUCUCCAGGAAGCAAAUAAACAGGACAGAUUGACUUUGCUCAGACGAAGGAAAAACGAUGUCUGGGAGUUUUUAUUUUGUCAUGGUUGGCCAUCAGGACAAUCCUGUGUUUGAGAUGGAGUUCUUGCCUGCUGGGAAGCCUGAAUCAAAGGAUGACCACCGUCACUUAAACCAGUUCAUUGCACACGCUGCCCUGGAUUUGGUGGAUGAAAACAUGUGGCUGUCCAACAACAUGUACUUGAAAACUGUGGACAAGUUCAACGAGUGGUUUGUUUCUGCAUUCGUCACUGCAGGACAUAUAAGAUUCAUCAUGCUGCAUGAUGUGCGACAAGAAGAUGGAAUCAAAAACUUUUUUAACGAUGUCUAUGAUCUAUACAUCAAGUUUGCAAUGAAUCCAUUCUAUGAAAUCAAUGCCCCAAUCCGCUCUACAGCUUUUGAGAGGAAGGUACAGUUUCUUGGAAAGAAACAUCUCCUGAAUUAAUCACUUCACAUGAAAAGGAUUUAGUGCAUGUGCUUGUCUGUUUGCUGUGUACAUACCUAACAAAUAUUUUAUGUUGUAUCUUUCUUUUCUCCUUUCAUAAAUGUAAAAAGUAUUCAACUGUUUUCUAAAAAAACUUAAUUAACAAUAAUGGUAUUGUUUUUCAGUAUGGGCUCAAAGUAUGAAGGUGUUUCAUUAUUUAAAUUAAACUUGACCAACAAUGACCAAAUGUAAAUUUUGAUAAAUAGACACAAUCCUGUCUUUGACAUAGUUAUGUGCUUUGUAUUAUCGAACGGUUUAGCUAUCCUAUCAUUGCCGUGGUAAGCACAACACAGCAGAAUGGUAACUUCCUGUUCAGUCCAAACUUAACAACAAAUGGACUGGUCAGUUAGCAGGCUACAAAACAUGCUUUAAGAGACAUUUUUCUUGGGGUUUAUUUAUCAUUUGGCAUACCAGUAGUACAACUUUGUGAAUCAGAUAUGAAUGACAAAUAGUUGAGGUAAAUGAAUCGUUUGUUUUUAAAUAUUAAGCUGUGGUAAAGACUUGUUAAAAAAUGUUAAGAGUGCUUUCAAGAGAAAAUCAUUUAAAACAAUAAACCCAACCAUGAAAAAAAACA